AUGGAUGCACUCAGUCAAUAUAGGGAUUCCGUAAAAGAGAGGCUAGAAAAUGCGGAUCUUUUAGUGUCGAAACUGGUUCACGAGAACACAAUUUUAGAGCAGAGUUUAGAAAUACGAAAUCAGGAGUUGGAAUCAAAUAGACGUCGUAUAAGGGAGUUGGAGGAACAAUCUAAACAGUCGGAUGAAUCAAUGGAACUGGUCAAAGAUCUGUUCGAGCACCUUUGCGGAGUUAGAGUUCAUAAAUGUUACGAGGACGACGCCGGACUUUGGUUUGAUACUUCACAAGGUUCGAGAAAUGGUAUAAUGGACUACAAAUUAGGGUUUGUUAGAAGUGAUGAAGCAGGUACAGAGGUUGUUUAUAUACCACUUUUGAAGCAGAGAAGUUCAGAUGAAUUGAAAAUUCUACAGCAACAAAUUCCAAGUUAUAUGUUUGAUACGCUGAGUUUUCCACUGAAAAGUCUGCCGCAGUUUUAUUCAAAGAUGGCUAGGUGUCUAGGUAAGGAAGUACGAGAUAGGGAUUAA